AUGGCGUCCCUUGAUGGUAGCCCUGUGGCCCCAUUCAUACCAGGAGGCGCCGAGGAGACCCGGAUCUCGCUUGAAAAUCCGACCACAACCCUCUUUGUGAGCCAGGUGGAGGUGUGCUGCUGUGUAGAAAUAGAAGCCGGUGGGUCCCUCGCGACCGCUACUAAAUCCCUGUUCACCCCAGAUUCUUCUUUGGCCAGGGGAUGGCAAUCAAAUGGAGUCGAUAAACCCAAAAGCGUCCCGACGUUCACGUCCGCCCUUGUCGUGACCCUCGACGUUCCGACUUUAGAGGAUCUUCGUGGUGUCCUUGCGACGUCGGCUCUUGUUGAGGCGACUGGCUGCUCUCACCGAUCACCGGAAAGGCAGCGGUACCGUACCGAGUACAAGUACAUACCCCACGGACGACCAGGGACUCCUUCCCGCCCGCUUUUCCCCUCAGCGUGGCAUCAACCCUCCUCGCGCCCUCGCUGCCUCGCUGCCACGCAGUGCUACGCUUCUCGCUGGCCCGCUAGCCAGUCCUGUCCCCCUGGUUCCGUCCCUCUUGGCUCACAGCAACUCACCAAUGUACCCCCGUAUGCUCCUUCCCACGGAAUUCAUCCUUAA